GCCAGCAGCGGCUCGGGCUCCUGCCUGCCCCGGCGGCACCAUGCUAGCGCCGCUGCCUGCCCGCGCCCGGCAGGAGGAGGGUGCCCCGCGCCCGCGAGGAGCCAGCCCGGCAGGAUGGUGACAGCCUCCGCCAGCGGCAGGAGCCGGGACCGAGCGCUGCUGCCGCCGUCCCCGUCGCCUCCUCCUCUCCCCGCAGCCUGGGCUGCUGCUCCAGCCCGGCCCGGCUCCGGCAGCUGCGUGGCGGCGGCCGCGGCGCUGCUGCUGGCCGGGCUGUGCGCCCUGUGCUACGGCAACUCUCUGCGGGGCGAGUUCGUGCACGACGACGUGUGGGCGAUCGUGAACAACCCGGACGUGCGGGCGGCGGCCCCCUGGGCGGGCGUCUUCGCCAACGACUUCUGGGGCAAGGGCAUGGCCGAGAACACCAGCCACAAGUCCUACCGCCCCCUCUGCGUCCUCACCUUCAAGCUAAACAUAUUGUUGGCUGGUAUGAACCCAUUCUAUUUCCAUGCAGUGAAUGUAAUUUUACACUGUCUAGUGACUCUUGUCCUGAUGUAUACUUGUGACAAAGCUGUAUUCAAGGAUGGUCGACUGGCUUUUGUCACGGCUCUCUUCUUUGCUGUGCAUCCUAUUCACAGUGAGGCUGUAACAGGUAUUGUAGGCAGAGCGGAUGUCUUAGCCUGUCUACUGUUUCUGUUGGCUUUUCUCUCCUAUAAUAGGAGUGUGGAUCAUUUUUAUGUUGGGGAACAUUUCCCUCCCACUGCCUCUCCAUUCUUCUUGCUGCUUAGUUUAUUUCUUGGGACCUGUGCAAUGCUGGUGAAGGAAACUGGAGUCACUGUGUUUGGUGUGUGCUUGGUUUAUGACUUGCUUUUCCUGUCCUACAAUAGACUUACACUGAGAAAUGGAGGGGUGCAUCAGAGGUUCCCACGGCAGCCUGCGGCUUCUCCAUCUGCUUCGCUGCAGAUUCCUCCAUCCAGCAGGGAGAAUGGGAAGCACCGGUUUGCUCACAAAGGGACCUGGAACGCAUGCCACCCUGCAUCACCUGAAGAGCAACGGAGCAGCAGCCUUUCUGUCUCAAACAAAGCCAUGUGGGCUAUUCUUAGCUACCUGACGGCAAGUAACAACCAGAAUUUCUUGUAUACUGCAAGGCCAUUUUUGAAGAGGGCUGCUUUAGUAAUAAGUUAUGUGAUUCUUGUUUUAUAUUUCCGUUUCUGGAUAAUGGGAGGUUCCAUGCCAAUGUUUUCAGAACAGGACAAUCCAGCUUCAUUCUCACCUUAUUUACUAACAAGAUUUCUAACUUAUUCGUACCUCCUGGCCUUCAAUUCCUGGCUUCUGCUAGCACCAAUUACUCUGUGCUAUGACUGGCAGGUUGGGAGUAUUCCUUUAAUUGAGUCGAUAUGGGAUGUGAGGAAUUUAGCUACAGUUCUCCUGGUGGUGGUGAUGAUAUUACUCAGCUUACAUUGCAUAACAGCAUUCAAGAAACUGGAACAUAGAGAAGUUUUAGUUGGCUUGUUAUUCCUGGUUUUCCCAUUUAUCCCAGCCAGCAACCUCUUCUUCAGGGUGGGGUUUGUGGUGGCAGAGCGAGUCCUUUACAUGCCAAGUAUGGGGUACCUUAUCCUUUUUGUCCAUGGUUUGAAAAAGCUCUGUGCCUCGUUAAAUAGAUGGGGAGCUACUGCCCUGACCCUCUCUGCUUUGCUGCUGCUGCUGCUGUUCUCUUGGAAAACUGUGAAACAGAAUGAAAUCUGGUUGUCAAGAGAAUCCCUCUUCAGCUCAGGUGUGCAGACUCUGCCCCAUAAUGCCAAGGUGCACUACAACUAUGCCAAUUUUCUGAAAGACCAGGGUCGUAACAGUGAAGCCAUCUAUCACUACAAAACUGCCCUCAAACUGUAUCCUCGUCAUGCGAGUGCUCUGAACAACCUCGGCACGUUGACCAAAGACUUGGUGGAAGCAAAGGAAUACUAUAGAAGAGCUCUUCAGUUAAACCCACAGCAUAAUCGAGCUCUCUUCAAUCUUGGAAAUCUGCUCAAGUCCCAAGGGAAGAAAGAGGAAGCUGUGUUCUUAUUGAGAGAUUCCAUUAAAUACGGUCCAGAGUUUGCAGAUGCUUACUCAAGCCUUGCUUCCCUGUUGGCUGAACAGGAACAAUUUAAAGAAGCCCAGGAGGUUUAUCAGGCUGGGAUAGAGAAUUGUCCAGAGAGCUCUGAUCUGCAUAAUAACUAUGGUGUUUUCUUAGUUGAUACUGGGGCUCCUGAGAGAGCAGUGUCCCACUACCAGCAGGCCAUCUGGCUCAGCCCAAACCAUUACGUGGCCAUGGUGAACCUGGGCAGGCUCUACCGCUCUCUGGGGCAGAACAAAGAGGCUGAAGCUUGGUACAAACGAGCGUUGAAAGUAUCGCGGAAGGCGGAAAUUCUGUCCCCACUGGGAGCUCUCUACUACAACACGGGGCGGUAUGAAGAAGCUUUACAGGUUUACAGGGAAGCCGCAGCACUGCAGCCUUCAAACAAGGAGAUUCGACUGGCCCUGGCACAGGUUUUAGCAAUGAUGGGACAAACAAAGGACGCUGAAAAAAUGACUAACCAUAUUGUGACAGAAGAGGCCGAGUGCCUAGAAUGCUACCGCCUUUUAUCAGCAAUCUACAGCAAGCAGGAGCGUUACAGCAAGGCCCUUGAAGCUAUAGAUAAAGCUCUGCAGCUAAAACCAAAGGAUCCAAAAGUCAUAUCGGAGCUCUUUUUUACUAAAGGAAAUCAGCUAAGAGAACAGAACCUUCUUGACAAGGCUUUUGAGAGCUAUAAAGUGGCUGUGGAGCUGAAUCCAGAUCAAGCUCAGGCAUGGAUGAACAUGGGAGGGAUUGAGCAUAUCAAGGGAGACUACAUCAAUGCACGUAGCUAUUACAAGAAAGCUUUACAGCUGGUUCCAAACAGCAAGCUGCUGAAGGAGAAUCUGGCUAAACUGGAUCGCUUAGAGAAACGAUUGCAGGAAGUCCAGGAGAAAGAUCAGACGUAGCUAGUGGAAGGAGCUUUGUGCCCCUUGCAGAAGAAAGAGAAGUGGAAGCCCAUUGGCAGAAGUGACACAGAAGGAGCUGUGAUGUGACUCAGAAUUAAGGAGGGCAAAUUUGGGGCGCACAUUUGUGCAUCACCAAAGUUGCUGGAGACCCUUCAUUUCUAUAGGGUAUGCUGAAGAAUGAGUGAAAACCCUGUUUUAAUCAAGAUUUAUGUUUGGGUUGGAUGCAUAUCACUGCCAUUAGUGCUGUAAGUGGGAGAUGCACCUUUGAUGUCCUGGUCUCUCACUUCCCAAGUGGGUGGGCUGUAGAGGCAAAGUUCUUAUCCACUGGCAAGGGAUGGAGCAGUGCCUCUUGUUAGUCAACAUUCACCCACUUAAGGAGUAUUAUUAAUGGUCUCUAAAGCAUGCCCCAUAAAGUCCUCCUCAGCCAGGAUGAUAGUGACAAUGAUCAGCAGAGAGAGUCAAAAGCCGUUACAGGGUUAAAGCUGGGAGAACUGGUGGCCAUUUUUAGAUCUCCAACAAUGACUUGAAAAUGACCCCAAGGAAAUGGAGAAUUAUGUCUGGACAUGGCUGUCUCUGAAAGUGAUGAUUCUCUGACUAGGGAUGCUAGUCCUUUAAGAAAAAACCUCAGUUGAAUGUUUUACUCAGAAGAUAAUCAUUUUUGUAACUAUUCAAAUUCAUGAUAUCACAGAAUUGUCAGAAAUCACAUGACUUUUUUCGCCCAAUCAGAAUUAUAAUUUCUAUGAAAAAAUUGGAACUGUCCAAUGGAAAUGUGGAAUUCUUUAAUGGGUCCAUCUCCCUCUUCCCCCCCCCCCAAAAAAAAUAUCUAUAUUUUUAAAUAUUGAGUGGAAAGGCAAGUUUGCUUCAGAAUAUGGACAUUUAUUUUUGAGUGUUAUUUAUUUUUAACUUAUAAUAAAAUGUUUAAUAUAUUUUACUCUGUUUAUAAGAGUUGGACAACAUCCCUCACAGCUAGCAAUGUGGCCUGUGAUUGUUGCUUUUAUUGUAUAAAGUUAGAAAAUACAGCACCACAAGGUUGUGUUUGAAUAAUUCUCCCUGCUGAUAUUUCUAAAGCAAUUGGAUGUUGGACCAAAUUUUCAUUACAGCAAUGCCGCGCCCAUUGAUAUGUAGGGUUGCACCAGUUCAGCUGAGAUGAGCAUUUGAUCUGUUGUCAAUAGUAGAGGUAGCUGAGAAGGUUGGAUGGGGCAGUGUAGUGAUAUCCUGCCCUUUCACUCUGGACAGCAGCUCAUCUCUCAAGUUUAUUGUUUUCAUCUUAGCCCCCAUCAUGAGACCAUCAUACAGUUUGAUUGCCAUGUCUUUGCUGAAGAGAAGCCCAGGUCAUGGAAUUAAUAGCGGGUGGUUCAGGUUGGGACUGAAGUGCAUUGAUACAGCUCUGUCAGGGAAAUCUUGCAUGGCAAUGUCCCAUGGCUUUAACCAGUGUUAAUAGGGUGUCACUAUCGUGAACUCUAAAUGCACACAGGAGUAAAUUAAAGAAGUCUCCAUAGUUAAGCAUAAUCAUGUGAUGAUGUUGUAGGUCUGUCUGAUUUAUUUAAGGGGGUUGAUUUCUAAUUGCCACUUUUUGUAGGUAAAAUCACAGACAAAAAAUAAGAGUCUAGAAAUCAACAGGGUACCACCCAAGCACAGUGGGUGGGUGGGUUCAGUGGAUCCAAUGGCAGGAUUGAAGCAUAACCACAUAGGGUUCUAUUCAGUACCCAGGUGAUGCUGAAGAGUAUUAAUUUGGUUUCUGCAUGUAGCCAGGUGAUUCUUUUUUGCGUUCUUGCUCAUGUACAUUCCACAUUAGAUUUUUCCCUCAGUGGUAUCUGUCGGGCCAGCUCUAGUCCCCUCUGGUGCCACACCCUCUCAGUUCUUUCUUACCACCCAUGAUGGUUGCUGGAACAACUCCUCUUGUUCGGCAAGGCAUUUUUCAAUGGUUUCUUCUCUGUAUCCUUGUUUAUUAGUCUUAGUAUAGUUGUAGUAUAAAUAAUACUAAUGUAGAUAGUUAGAACCGCUCCUUUAUCGUUGAGGGGCUCCCUUCGCCCCGAGCAUGCUCCUGUCCUUGGGCUUCAAACCUUGUGCAUCCUGUGGCAAGCCUAUGCCUGUGAGAAACCCACACUUCAGUUGUCUGAAGUGUCUGGGAGAGGCUCAAAUAAGAGAUUUGUCAGAACUUUAAGCCUUGUAUGAAGAAAGACAGGCUAGACUGAGGACUAUCUUAAUGGAAGCCACUCUAAGACUGGCUUCGGAGCCAAGCUGCUCAGAUUCGGCACUAACCACUUUGGCCUUGGUGCUGCGUGUAUCCCGGCAACAUUCUCCAUCUACAGUGCCAAGGAAGAAACAUAAAAAGCAGUGCUCCAAGAGAGGGCGUUUGCCAGUGCCAAAGAAAGGCAAGCAAGGGGAAGGCAGUGGAGUGUGACCCAGGUCGGGCCACUCCUCCACCCCCGGUUCCAUGGCAGAACUAUCAACUCCACGCAGAAGGUUGAGUCUAGUACGGGACUCCCCACCAACACCAAGAAGUCAUUUUGUGGCACCAGCAGAAUCACAGUACCUUCAACCCAGGAGGCCUUUGCAGUGGCCAGGGACUUAUCAUUCCCAGUACCGCUGACUCUGAUGGGACAACCAGUGGCGGCGGGGACAAUGGCCUCUGCAAUGGCCAUGAGGCGACGCUCUUGGCUGCAGUCCUCGAGGCUACCUCAAGAGGUCCAGCGGUCGAUUCAGGACCUCCCUUUCGAAGGCUACUUGUUUUUUUCGGAGCAAAUGGACACAAAGCUCCAUGGCCUGAACAACUCAAGGGCUACCCUCAGGUCCCAGGGCCUCUAUGCUCCGUCUACUUCAAGGAAGCACUUCAGGCCUCAACAGCCAGCCCAUUUUUGGUUCCACCACCAAGACACAGGACUUGUUCAAAUGAAGGAACAGAGGUUACAAGUGCCAUCAACUGCUUUCAUCCACUCAAUACCAAAGUUGCAUAGGUACUCUAGUGGACCCAAGCAGGCCUUUUGAAGGUGUGCCCGAGGGCGCUAUACCAGUUCCCGCUUCGGAUCCUUCCUACCCUUUGUUUUUGGACGGACUUUCCAUCUUCAGCCCAGCGUGGUCCCACAUGACAUCAGACCAGUGGGUGCUAAAUACAUUGGUGUAUGGUUAUAUUCUUCAGUUUUCAUUCACCGUUCCUUCCCGCCCCCUAUCCUGUCCCUCUUCAGGGACCCUUCUCACGAGCAACUCCUAGCCCAGGAGGUGCAGACCCUCCUACUGGUGAGGGCUGUGGAAGAGGUACCUCAAAAAUUGAAAGGGAAAGAGUUUUACUCCCAAUAUUUCUUAAUCCCAAAGGCCAAAGGGGCCUUCGUCCCAUCCUGGACCUGCGUCGCCUCAACAAUUAUCUCAAGAAACUGAGGUUCCACAUGGUCUGUCUGCCUCCAUCAUCCCCUUCUUGGAUUCAGGGGACUGGUAUGCUCACCUCGACUUAAAAGAUGCUUACUUUCACAUUUCCUUCUUCCAUGUCCUCAGAAGAUUCCUGAAGUUUAUAGUAAACCAAACUCAUUUCCAAUUCACCAUUCUCCCUUUUGGCCUGUCCGCAGCCCCCUGGGUUUUUAUGAUAAGUAUGUUGGUGGGAGCAGCCUUCCUCAGAAGGCGAGACAUUCAAGUCAGUAUCUCGGGACUGGCUGAUCAAAGGUCGCUCAGAGGCCCAAAUAAAGAACAGCUGGUUUGCUGGUUUGAGAUACAUAGGCUGAGCACUUGGCCUGUUGAUAAACAAACAAAAGCCGACUCUCAUUCCAGUAUAGAGAAUACAGUUGAUAUGGGGCAGUGCUCAACUCAACCCAGACCAGAGCCUUCCUUCCAGAGAGUUGGAAUUGAUAUCCAAGGUCAGGGCCCACCCAAUCACAACAAACUGGAUUUGCCUCAAGCUCCUGGGACACAUGGCCAUGUUCACUUAUCUGGUCUGGCAGGGGUGCCGACUCCAUGGGUGCUCCAGGGGUGGAAUACCCAUGGAAAAAAAUUAGUGGGUGCUUAGCACCCACCAGCAAUAGUGGUGCUGCAGCCCCAGCCAUGGAUCAGCAGUUCCUGAGCAGCCCCGUCUCCACCGAUCAGCUGGUAGGCUGCUGCACUAAUCAGCUGUUUGGCAGGCUCCCCUGCCUAUCAGCUGUUCUGCGAAUCCUGGGCUGGCUGCAGCAGAGGCUGACCCAGUCCUACUUCAGCCCUCAGUGGAGGGUGGGGCCCCUCCUCCAGCAGGCUCAGGGAGCUUCUCCAGCCAGGGUUAGGGGUGGACGAGGGUGGGGAGUGCAGGGCUCCCUCUGGUCUGCAGAAGCCCAGCCUGAUCAGCAGCGGUGAGACCCUGCUCAUCUGGGUCGCCCCGCCGCCUACGUAGAUCUCCUGGGCAAGUUCUAGCUCCCAGCUGGCUCCACUAGGUGAG